AAAAUUUAUGAAAAAUGGCGCGAAUUGUCAUUUUCCAUUCAACUGUAAUUUGACAUCACUCGCCGUCUCAAAAACAUCGCAAUGCCGUUCGUAAAAGACUCAUCGUAUCGUGAAAUGCCGAUUUCUUUAGAAAUAGCCAACGAGGAUUACCACGAGUUUUUGUCACUGAAGAAGCUGGUAGCGAAGAUUACCAAGCACCAACACACUGUCUUCCAGUGCACGUCCAUUGGUAUCCUCUCCAGCCAGAGCCAGGGCUACACUUUGUGUGAUAUUGACGACAGCUCCAUAGAGAUCCGAGUGUCUCUGCGUUACAUGAAAACGUGUUUCCCGUACGCGGGGAGACCUUUUACUGCGCAUGUACUUGGCUUCGUCCAUUGGUUUUUCGGCGCGCCAGUCUUAUACGCCAUCUCCAUCAAGGACGUCUUUCCGCCGGUAGCUCAGAAACUCUUAAGCACUAUGGAAUGGAUAGUCAAUAACCAUAAGAUGGUGAACCCAGAAAGAAGGAGAAAGAGGCGGCCAGCAGAAACUAUAACAGCGGCAAGUACCAAUCCGAUAGUCGCAUAUCAACCGGAAAAUGUUCAAAUGGUAGCACCCGGCGAAGGAGAAACUGACCAAAUGGAACAUGAUCUAAUGCAGGCUAUCGAGGCAAAUGGCCAAGUUGUACUACAUGUACAGAUGGAGCCGAUCGGACCAGUCGCGUUUGACGAAAUGACGUACGAGGAAAUCGAGGCCUCUGCGCUUAUGUGCGAUAAUUAUCAGGCUUUGCCGAUUUUGACAGAUAUGGAGUCAAAUUACCAAGACACAGGGCAAAUGGAUCAGAUGGGGGCGAUUGAACAGGGGACUGUGCGAACGCUGCCUUAUACGAUUGACCAUAUGAGGGUUGACAGGAAUAUUCCUGUGUGGCCAACGGACCCGAUGAGGCCGUUUCUCACCGCAUUACCAAUGUCCGUUCCAGGGGUAUGCCUUUGGUGCAACUAUAAUUUCAUUCAAACUGUAAAAGACCCCAAAGACCCCAUGGAGCCUCAACACGCGGAGGAAAAUAGUCCAUUCGAACGUCCAAGUGACGUCACUAUUCAAGAACGUAUUGCCGAUAUGAAUCAGAUAGAUCAAUGCCCAAAAACGUCAAGCUUUGACCCUGAAUGUGAGCAGUGUAUGCGUAUGUCCGAACAAAACCAUACAUAUGCGAACAGUGAAUACGACGACGGGCAACGCUUUGGAACGUAUGCUACCGAUCAAGUAAUGGUAGCGAACGGUGAACGUUUAAAUCGAUCGGUCGCUGAUGCUUAUGCCAAUGGUCAGGCUCUCUACCGCAGCUUAUACAGCACGUCACAAACCACUUAUGCCAAUACUAAUAUGGAGUUUAGCGAAACACAAAGGGGAGAAAUGGGAACAUCUGUUCGGGACGAAUGACAAAUUCAUCAGGACGAGUAUUGUUAUACCCGUCAGCCAGCAGAGGCCUACACAGGCCUCCAGCGGCCUCCUGUCACCCCAACUACCUUCAUGUUCCUCGAAUACACUGGGUACUGUUAUUUUAGAUCUACAUCCCCUGAUAACGAAAUCAGGGCUGCAGAGAGCCCGAUCGAUUUCGAUGCUUCGAUGAUAGAUUUCGAUCAGUUCGAUGACUCGAACGAUUCGAUCGAUUUAAAUUUGUCUGAUAUCGAUUUCGAUCCGAACAUAGAUUAUGGACAGUUUGAACAUGAGACGUUCAAUUAAAAUUUAAAAUAAGAUUAAAUAAUAAAUUGACUUUAAUAGGGAGUAUUACUGUAAUGUUCUGCCGCCAGAGUGUAGCACAAGCACCUUUCGUAAACCAUACGUACUGGGGGCCUAUUCGCAAAUUGCGGGGAUCUUUCUCUUUUACUCUCACUAAGACGUAAUUAGAGCGAGAGAGAAAAAUGCCCUCAAUUGACGAACUUCGAUUUUCUCGGUUUUUUGACAAGUU